AGUAUCUACGAGUGAGUACUAAGUAAUUGAACGAAUCCAAGUUCUUUGUCCCUUUGCGAUUAGGCAGUCAGAGCUUUUCUUUUGUUUGAAGCACAUCACCCUUCUCACCUUGCACUGAAAUGAACAUCCAAGACGAGAAAAUGGGUGAAGCCGCAAUGCCAGUGGAUGUGACGGCAGCGAAUGUUGUUGGCGGCCUGCAAAUUCUGCCCGUGGCCCUGGCCGGCUUCGGAACCGUUGGGUGUGGCGUGCUGGAGCUGAUGCUGAGAAACAACAAGAAGUUUGCGACCUUGUACGGGUUUCAGCUGAAAGUCGAGAAAAUCCUCGUGCGCAGUCCGGCGAAGCACAUCGAGAACGUAUACCGCGCAUGACCAUGAUGUGUUUUUUUCGGAGAUUUUGAUUUCGACGUAAAGAGAAUCAAUUAAGUUUAACACCGGAAGAAAAAAAUAAGUCAAGCCCGCGAUCUUUUCAAACUAUAUGAAUGUAUAUCGAAUGUAACCAUUUACAUGAUACAGAUCCGCAGCGACAAAUUUCUGUCCUCCGCUAUGGACGUUUCCGACCAGGCGCUCAACGCCCUUUUCACAACCAAUCUCGCCGACUUUCAAACCUUCAUCCGACCACAAACCGUACUGAUCGAGCUGAUCGGCGGGUGUACCGACGCCAAACAGAUCGUCUACGACGGUUUCGCGAAAAUGGCCGGGUCGGUUAUCACAGCAAACAAGGCACUGAUUUACGGAAAUUUGGCCGAAAUUAGCAAUCUCUCCUGCACUCCGCAGUACAAGAACUUCUUCGGGUUCGAAGCCGCGGUGUGUGGCGGGAUUCCGAUUAUCAACACGGUCACCAGCGAUUUUGUUUCGGACGAAAUCCAAGCGAUAUCGGGCAUCAUGAACGGAACGACCAACUUCAUUUUGUCAAAGAUGGAGGUGGAAGGAGUAGCUUACCCGCCUGUUUUGAAAGAAGCGCAGGAACUCGGUAUGAGACUUUGGUGGGGAGUUCGAUUUUUUGCUUGCAGCUGCUACGCCUUCCUAGUUACGGUGGUCAUUUUUGCGCAUACUGCAGCUGAACUCCUGGUGCGAUUGCUGAUGCUUAUGGAAAUUUUCACAUAUUUUCGUUGUUCUGGAUAAUAACUACAGGCUAUGCUGAAGCCGACCCGACCGCGGACGUGGAGGGGUACGAUGCGCGUGACAAAAUUGGCAUUCUGGCCAAGCUCGCGUUCGGGGUCGCGCUCCCGUCCAUUCCUUGCAAGGGCAUCUCCGCGAUUGAGAAAACAGACUUUGACGCCGCGAAAACGCUUUUGAACUCCAGCAUCAAGCUCCUCGCCGUCGCAAAAAAGACGGGGAGUGGCGGCGUCAGCUGCUUCGUGUGGCCGCACUUGGUUCCGUUCGCGCACCCCAUCGCGUCGUGUCGGGGGCCGACGAACUUGGUGACAGUCACGUCCCGGAACAUGGGCGACAGUGUCUUUGUCGGGCCGGGGGCGGGAAGGUAGUUUGUUACUUCGCUAUCUAAGGGGAAGCUCCACCCCUAGUCCUAGUACCUCCACAAUUUCGUCACGAUCAACCUGUACGUAGAUUUUUUUUCAUGUGUACUUACUGUUACUCCUACUCGAAAUUUUGAUGGUCGUGGAGAAAAGUUACAGUUUUCUAUCGAGAUGCAAAACAUUAACAUCAUUCCAGAUACCCAACCGCCAAUUCGGUGAUGAACGAUGUGGUAAAAGCCGGACAGAUGAUAGUCUCCAAAUCCACCCCUCCCGCGCUUUUGAAGAGCAGUGGUGGAGACACAGCACAAACAGAGGCUCCCUUCGAACCCGACUUCCCGGCCAAGGGAUUUUACCUGCGGUGCGGCGUACCUGGGAAAGAUCCCCACGCGGCCGCCAGUGCGCUCGGUAUCGAGUUGGUGAAGGUGGACUCGACUUUUGUUAUUGGGCAGACCAUCCUCAUUACCGGCGCGUGCAACUACUCGAAAGCAGCCGCCCUGGCGAAAGAAGUGGACUGCGCGCACGCUUAUCCGGUGUAUGGUUGAUAUGGAAGCGUCAGGAUCGAAAUCGUCAAAGUUGAAAUAGUUUGCGAUGCAUAAAAUGCAACCCACAGAAUGCCUGUCUUGCAGAGUAGGUAAGUAAGGUAGAUUGUAAGCCUGUUGAGGGGUAGAAACUGAGUUGCUAAAGUAGCAUGACAAAAGACGUCUUCCUCACCCAAACAGCAUGACAAACUGGAUUUCGGCUCUACCCAAAUUUGUCAUGCGCCACUUGGAGGCUGGGUUACAACUGGCAUCCAUUUUAUGCAUGACAAAUCAUUUCAACUUUGUCGAUUUCAAUCCUGACACAUCCAUAGUUGAAGAGAACGGGCGCUUGUAGGUGGAGCUCCUGCUCUCACCGGGCGGGGACAUGGUGGAAGUGAACUUUUCCCACCGGUCGGAACAAGUCCUUGACUUGUUUUUCGACGCGGAAAUAUGAUUGAAGCGACCUAAGUAGUAGAACAAAUCGUCCGGAAAAGACUAUACCGGGCAGUUUUGUGUUUGAAUCGCACUGCGAUGUUUAUGCUUGCAACGCGCCGCCCGCGUCGUUGAAGCAACGUUCAUCCUUGUGCGCGACACAGUGAGACGCGACGAUUUGCUUCAUCAAAUGGGCUACAGAGUAAACUUCUACAAGCGACUCCGCACGACGACGAAACGCAAAUAAAGUACAGCCUGGAGCUGAGCCACAAGCAGCGCGGAGUGGCUGCGUUCUGGCGAUUUUUUUUCAAUAGAUACUGUUCUCCAUUUUGCGGUCGUCCCUGUGCUUCCGUUUUCACACAGUAAGCGG